GCAGUAAUAUUUUAAACUCAAAGUGACAGUCAUCGCAAUCGAACCAUAGAAGCAGCUCAAAAAUUGCAUUUGAAGUAUUUUAGUGGUUUGAACGUUCAGGAGCUAAAAAAUGGAUUUGAAUGGUAGAAAUGUGAUAUAUUCCGGUGGUUUCGGGGGAAUUGGACAGCAUUGUCUCAAAGAGCUCUUGAGUAAUGGUAUUAAGACUUUAGCCAUAUUAGACGUAAAGGAAAAUAAGGAAAUACUGGCUGAUUUGCAAAAGGCGUACAGAGCUGCCACUAUUAUUUUCAUACAGUUCGACAUAACAAAUAAAGAGAGCAUAGCAGCGGCUUUUAAAGAAGUUGUAGAGAGAAUAAAACACUUUGAUGUGCUGAUUAACGGUUGCGGUGUAUUGAUGGAGCAUAACAUUGAUAUUACAAUCGAAGUCAAUUUGUUGGGAGUUAUUCGCAGCACUCUGGCAGCCCUGCCAUAUAUGGCCAAAAAUAAUGGUGGACGUGGCGGUGUCAUUGUCAACAUAUCCUCUGUAGCCGGUUUGGAUUUAAUGCCAUAUUUUUCUAUUUACACUACAACCAAACAUGGGGUGACGGCUUUCGGCCGAUGCAUGGCGGAUCAAAAGGCUUUUGAUCAAUUCGGCGUUAGUUUUAUUACAGUAUGUCCUGGCAUUACCGAAACAAAUUUAGCAGCAGAUUAUCACAAGAAAGUAACGUUUGACUUUUACCAAGAAUAUUGUAAAAAAUUAAAUACAGCAAAACGCCAGACUGGAGAGGUCUGCGCUAAAAAUAUAGUUAAAGUUCUUAGGACCGGUAGGAAUGGCGGAAUUUACAUGCUAGAUGUAGGCGAAAUAAAGGAGAUUACCUAUCCGGAAUUCUGGAAAGCGGAAUUUUGAAUUGGAAAUUCAAAUAUGGAGCAAACGUGAAACAAAUGUGUAUGUAUGUAUGACUAAUUAUUCGACAAAACUAUUGGAUGAAUGUAUCUAAUAGAGAGAGAGAGAUUGAGAGAAAAAUUAUCAACGAUGAACAGAUAAAUAAAUAAAACUUAUUUUCAAAA